AUGGGUAAAAAGCGUGUGGAUCAAGGGCCGUCGUUACGUCAAGAGCGUGGUCGGAAUACAUUCAAUCGAAGUACGACAUGUCGUAGAGAAGAAGAGAGUGCAACAAAUUACCGUCGUCGUAUGUUUUCUGUCUCGCUUCGUAUGUGGGACUUUGAACAAUGUGAUACAAAGCGCUGCACAGGUCGCAAACUAUGUCGCUUGGGCUAUAUCAAGAGCAUGAAACCUGGUGCACACUUUCGAGGACUUGUACUAUCUCCUGCUGGUGAACAAGCUGUUUCUCGAGCUGAUCGAGACAUUGUAAUGGGCUCUGGUAUCUCAGUGAUCGACUGUAGCUGGGCUAAAGUACAAGACUUGCCUUACAAGCAGCUGCGCUCGGGUGUUCAUCGUUUGUUGCCAUUCCUUGUAGCUGCAAAUUCAGUAAAUUAUGGACGUCCACACAAGCUUUCUUGCGCAGAGGCAAUUGCAGCUACAUUAUACAUUGUGGGACUCAAAGAGGAAGCUGUUCAAGUUAUGGAUGAAUUUUCGUGGGGUGCAGAAUUUCUCAAAAUCAAUGCGGAUUGUCUGGCAAACUAUGCAGCCUGUGAAAACAGUGCUGACGUAGUAGAGGCUCAGAAUGCCUACUUAGCUGCAUGUCAGGCAGAACACGAGAAGCGUCGGCAGCGGAUGGAUUUGCCAAGUCUGGAGGAUGUUGAAGACGAUGAGAUUAUUGAGGAGGAGGAGGACGAAGAGGCAGUGGAACUUGAUCGCUUUGGCAAUGUUAUACCUCGCGAAACGUCGACCCAGGUACAGAAUCAAGAAAAAACUAUUGAGCAAGACUUUGACGAAACAAUUCAGCAGGAUGCAGAUCCAUCGUUAUUGUCACUGUCUCGUGCAGAACGCGGACAAUCGGACUCUGAUGAAGAGAUUACAAACUUGACGAAGAACUUGCACCUUGCAGUGGAUUCUGUUAAAAAAACGCAGAUGAUGCGUGAGGAGAUGCGCAAUGCCCGUGCUCUUGACGGAGAGAAGGAGGCAUACGCAUUCUCCUCUAUGGAAGAUGUCCACCGCCAGCAGUUGGUGACAGUGUGCUUGGAGCAAACAGCGGUGGCUGUGUCAGGUGAUGCAGUGUUGCAGUUGCCAAGGUCUGUGUAUCACCAGUGGGAACAAGAUGCUCAUAAUUUGUCUUCAGCAUAG